AUGAACAUGGAGGGGUUGGUCAUGUUCCAGGGUCUGUCUAUAGACUUCUCUCAAGGGGAAUGGGAGUGCCUGGAUGCUGCUCAGAAGGACUUAUACAGAGAUGUAAUGAUGGAGAACUACAGCAGCCUGGUCUCACUAGGCCUCUCUACCCCAAAGCCUGAUGUGAUUUCCUUACUGGAGCAAGGGAAAGAGCCCUGGAUGGUUUCAAGAGACGUGCUGGGAGGAUGGUGCCCAGACUCGGAGUUUAGAUGUAAGACCAAAGAUUCAUGUUUGCCAAAAGAAAUCUAUGAAGUAACAUCAUCUCAGUGGGUGAGAAUGGAAAAAUGUCAUAGCCUUGUGGGCUCCAGUGUCAGAGAUGACUGGGAAUGCAAAGGCCAGUUUCAGCACCAAGAUAUAAAUCAGGAGCGAUAUUUGGAAAAAGUAAUAAUCACUUAUGAAAAAACACCAACUUUCUGCCUACAGACAUCUCUCACUGUGCAUCAUUGGAUUCAUCCUGGAGAGAAACUGUAUAAAUCCACAGAAUGUAUGGCUUUUAAUUAUGGCCCAGAACUUACACAACAGCAAGAAACCCAUACUGGUGAAAAACUUUGUAAAUGUAAGGAGUGUGGGAAGGCCUUUCGUCAUUUUUCCUAUCUUGUUAAACAUCAGAGAAUUCAUACUGGGGAAAAGCCCUGUGCAUGUAAAGAAUAUGGAAAAGCUUUUGUUUCUGGCUCACAUCUUUUUCAACACCAGAAAAUGUAUACUGAUGAGAGACCUCAUGCGUGUCAGGAAUCCAUGAAGGCCUUUAGACCGUCUGCACACCUUACUCAACAUCAGAGAAUUCAUACUGGUGACAAACCUUAUGAAUGUAAAGAAUGUGGGAAAUCUUUUACUUCUGGCUCAACACUAAAUCAACAUCAGCAAAUUCACACUGGUGAGAAACCCUAUCAUUGUAAGCAAUGUGGAAAAUCUUUUACUGUUGGCUCAACGCUAAAUCGACACCAGCAAAUUCACACUGGUGAGAAACUGUAUGAUUGUAAGGAAUGUGGAAAAUCUUUUGCUUCAGGCUCAGCACUAAUUUGACAUCAGCAAAUUCACACUGGUGAGAAACCCUAUGACUGUAAGGAAUGUGGAAAAUCUUUUACUUUUUGCUCAGGGUUAAUUGGACACCAGGCAAUUCACUCUGUUGAGAAACCUUAUGAUUGUAAAGAAUGUGGAAAAUCUUUUACUGCUGGCUCAACGCUAAUUCAACAUCAGCGAAUUCACGCUGGUGAGAAACCCUAUCAUUAUAAGGAAUGUGGAAAAUCUUUUGCUUUUCGCUCAGCAAUAAUUCAACAUCGGCGAAUUCACACUGGUGAGAAACCCUAUGAUUGUAAGGAAUGUGGCAAGGCCUUUAGACGUCGUUCAAAACUUACUCAACAUCAACGAAUCCAUACUGGUGAGAAAGCUUAUUGAUGUCAUGAAUGUGGAAAAGCCUUUGUCUGUUUCUCAGGACUCACCAAACAUCACAGUAUUCACACUGGCGAGAAACCCUAUGAAUGUAAGACAUGUGGGAAGUCCUUCAGACAGCGUACACACCUUACUCUACAUCAGAGAAUUCAUACCGGUGACAGACCUAAAGAAUGUAAAGAAUGUGGGAAAUCUUUUACUUGCGGCUCAGAACUAAUUCGACAUCAGCGAACUCACACUGGUGAGAAACCUUACAAUUGUAAGGAAUGUGGGAAGGCCUUUAGAUGUCUUUCACAACUUAGUCAACAUAAACAAAUCCAUAAUGGUGAGAAAACUUAUCAAUGUCCGGAAUGUGGGAAAGCCUUUCUAUGCCUCAGCCGACAUCAGAGUGUUCACACUGCCAAGAAACCUUAUGAAUGUAAGACACGUGGGAAGGCCUUUAGACAGCUUGCACAGCUUACUUGACAUCGGAGAAUUCAUGACCUAACAUAAUUAAUGUAGGAAACCGUUCUUAUGCCAUUUUCAUGCCCUGGGUGUGGUGAAGUGUUUAGAGAUAGAACGUAUUCAAAUAGCCAUAAGAUAAGACAUACUGGAAAUAAUUCUUUCAAAUGUAAAGAAUGUGGCAAAUCAUUUUGCAUGCUUUCACACCUAACUGAACAUGAAAGAAAUCAUACUAGAGUGAAUUGUUACAAAUGUGAAGAAUGUGGCAAAGCCUUUAAUGUGCCCUCAAAGCUUAAUAAUCAUAAGAGAAUUCAUACUGGAGAGAAACCCUACAAAUGUGAAGAAUGUGGCAAAGCCUUUAACAAGUCCUCAAACCUUUGUAAUCAUAGGAGAAUUCAUACUGGAGAGAAACCCCACAAAUGUGAAGAAUGUGGCAAAGCCUUUAAUAUGUUCUCAAGCCUUAAUAACCAUAAGAGAAUUCAUACUGGAGAGAAACCCUACAAAUGUAAAGAAUGUGGCAAAGCCUUUAAUGUGUUCUCAAGCCUUAAUAUUCAUAAGAGAAUUCAUACUGGAGAGAAACCCCACAAAUGUGAAGAAUGUGGCAAAGCCUUUAAUGUGUUCUCAAGCCUUAAUAACCAUAAGAGAAUUCAUACUGGAGAGAAACCCUACAAAUGUAAAGAAUGUGGCAAAGCCUUUAAUGUGUUCUCAAGCCUUAAUGUUCAUAAGAGAAUUCAUACUGGAGAGAAACCCUACAAAUGUGAAGAAUGUGGCAAAGCCUUCAACCAGCCCUCACACCUUGCUACACAUAAGAGAAUUCAUAAUGGAGAGAAACUCUACAAAUGUGAAGAAUGUGGCAAAGCCUUCAGCCAGUCCUCACACAUUACUACACAUAAGAGAAUUCACACUGGAGAGAAACCCUACAAAUGUGAAGAAUGUGGCAAAGCUUUUAAAGUAUCAGUACACCUUACUACACAUAAGAGAAUUCAUACUGGAGAGAAACCCUACAAAUGUGAAGAAUGUGGCAAAGCCUUUAACCAAUCCUCAGCCCUUACUACACAUAAGAUAAUUCAUACUGGAGAAAAACCUUACAAAUGUAAACAAUGUGGUAAAGGUUUUAGCCAAUCCUCAACCCUUACUAAACAUAAGAUAAUUCAUACUAAAGAGAAACCCUACAAAUGUGAAGAAUGUGGCAAAGCUUUUAACCAAUAUUCAACCCUUAAUAAACAUAACAUAAUUCAUGCUAGAGAGAAACCCUACAAACGUGAAGAAUGUGGCAAAGCCUUUAACAAGUCCUCAAUACUUAACAGACAUAAGAUAAUUCAUACUAAAGAGAAAUCACAAACCUUAAAGAUGUGACGAUGCUUUUUACGAAAUCUCAAACUUUUUUAAACAUAAAAGAAAUGCUGGUGGCCGGGUGCGGUGGCUUACGCCUGUAAUCCCAGCACUUUGGGAGGCCGAGGCAGGCAGAUCACCUGAGGUCAGGAAUUCGAGACCAACCUGACUAACAUGGUGAAACUCCAUCUCUACUAAAAAUACAAAAAAAAAUUAGCCAGGUGUAGUGGUGGGCGCCUGUAAUCCCAGCUACUUGGGAGGCUGAGGCAGGAGAAUUGCUUGAACUCGGGAGGUGGAGGUUGCAGUGAGCCGAGAUCACACCAUUGCACUCCAGCCUGGGCAACUGGAUGAGACUCUGUCUAAAAAAAAAAAAAAAAAAAAAAA